AUGAAGUUCAACAUCGCGAACCCGACCACCGGGUGCCAGAAGAAGCUGGAAAUCGAUGACGACCAGAAGCUGGAAAUCGAUGACGACCAGAAGCUGAUCUCCCAGGAGGUCAGUGGUGAUGCUCUGGGCGAGGAGUUCAAGGGUUAUGUCUUCAAGAUCAUGGGCGGAUGUGACAAGCAAGGCUUCCCAAUGAAGCAAGGAGUUCUGACUUCUGGUCGUGUUCGCCUUCUGCUCCACAGGGGUACUCCCUGCUUCCGUGGUUAUGGCAGGCGUAAUGGUGAGCGCAGGAGGAAGUCUGUCCGUGGUUGUAUUGUGAGCCAAGACCUUUCUGUUAUCAACUUGGUGAUUGUUAAGAAGGGUGAGAAUGAUCUGCCUGGUUUGACUGACACUGAGAAGCCAAGGAUGAGGGGUCCCAAGAGGGCCUCCAAGAUCAGGAAGCUCUUCCUAACCUCUGCCCCACCGCAUUUGAGAUUCACAAAAACAUGGCUUCACAAUGGGAGGCACUCCACACAGGAACGCGGCAACGCCGCGCUUUGUUUUCUAGUGCUAGCCUGA